GGCAGCGGUGCCCAGCACCCCGUGGAGGAUCUUCGGGUCGCAGCGCCUGGCCGGCGGCACGAGGGAGGCUGUCCUGCCGCGCCGGCCCCACGCGCAGCGGGGCGCGCAGCCGCCUCGCGCAGGGCCGCUGGAGGGGAUGGACUAUUCCUAUGAUGAGGACCUGGACGAGCUCUGUCCGGUCUGCGGGGACAAGGUCUCCGGGUACCACUACGGGCUGCUCACCUGCGAGAGCUGCAAGGGCUUCUUCAAGCGGACGGUGCAGAACAACAAGCACUACACCUGCACCGAGAGCCAGAACUGCAAGAUCGACAAGACCCAGCGCAAGCGCUGCCCCUACUGCCGCUUCCAGAAGUGCCUCACCGUGGGGAUGCGCCUGGAAGCUGUGCGUGCAGACCGGAUGCGCGGAGGGAGGAACAAGUUUGGACCCAUGUACAAGCGGGACCGUGCCUUAAAGCAGCAGAAGAAAGCUCUGAUCCGUGCCAACGGCUUCAAGCUGGAGACCGUGCCUCCGAUCAUGUCCCCGGUGCAGAACGACUACAGCCUGUCCUCCACCAUCCACAGCAUCCACGCCAUGUCCAAGACCUUGCCGCCCAACCCUGCCGCCCUGACGCCCGUCGACUACGAGCGCAGCCCCUACGGGACGCCCUCCCUGGGAAUGACUGUGCCCAGCCACGCGCCGCUCACCGGCUACCACUACCCUUCCUUCCCCAACCGCACCAUCAAGUCCGAGUACCCGGACCACUACACAAACACGCACGAGUCCGUGCCCGCCUACGUGUACCCAGAGACCUACCCCAGCAGCUCCCCUCCUGACAUCCCCGAGGUCAUCCUGAAGCUGCUGCAGCUGGAGCCCGACGAGGCCCAGGUGAAGGCACGGAUACUGGCCUGCCUGCAGCAAGAGCAAGGCAAAGGCCGGCACGAGAAGCUCAGCACCUUCGGCCUCAUGUGCAAGAUGGCUGACCAGACUCUCUUCUCCAUCGUGGAGUGGGCACGGAGCUGCAUUUUCUUCAAGGAGCUGGAGGUGGGCGACCAGAUGAAGCUGCUGCAGAACUGCUGGAGCGAGCUGCUGGUGUUCGACCACGUCUACCGGCAGCUGCAGCACGGCAAGGAGCACAGCGUGCUGCUCGUCACCGGCCAGGAGGUGGACAUGUCGACCAUCGCAGCCCAGGCCGGCUCCAUCCUGAACACGCUGGUGCUGCGGGCGCAGGAGCUUGUCCUGCACUUACACUCGCUCCAGGUGGACCGGCAGGAGUUCGUCUGCCUCAAGUUCCUCAUCCUCUUCAGCCUCGACGUGAAGUACCUGGAGAACCACACGCUGGCUAAGGACGCUCAGGAGAAGGCCAACGCGGCGCUGCUGGAGUACACCGUCUGCCACUACCCCCACUCCACGGACAAGUUUCGCCAGCUGCUGCUGCGGCUGGCAGAGGUCCGGGCGCUGAGCAUGCAGGCGGAGGAGUAUCUCUACCACAAGCACCUGAGCGGGGAGGUGCCCUGCAACAACCUCCUCAUCGAGAUGCUGCACGCCAAGCGGACUUGAGCGUGGCCGCCAGCACGGACCUGGCGGAGCC